ACAAUCUGUCAAAUGGUACAGUGCAAAUUCCGUCGCUUGUGUCAUCCGUGACCGUCAGAAAAGGAUCAAUCGGACCAUAUUUGUGUUAAAAUACUUGUUUUCUAUUAAUUUUACAAAAUGUCUCGGCCCGGAGAUAGACCUAAUCAAGCGCAGACGUAUAAACUAGUCGUCGUGGGGGGUGGUGGUGUUGGAAAAAGUGCAAUCACUAUACAGUUUAUCCAGAGUUAUUUCGUGACCGACUACGACCCUACGAUUGAAGACAGCUACACGAAGCAAUGCGUGAUAGACGAUAUUCCCGCGAAAUUGGACAUCCUGGACACAGCGGGCCAGGAGGAGUUCUCCGCCAUGCGGGAACAGUACAUGCGCUCAGGAGAGGGCUUCCUCCUCGUCUUCUCCGUGGCCGAACACUCCAGCUUUGACGAAAUAUACAAGUUCCACAAGCAGAUACUACGUGUGAAGGAUAGGGAUGAGUUCCCCAUGCUUAUGGUGGGGAAUAAGGCUGAUUUGGAGGCACAAAGAGUGGUAUCCCUAGAAGAGGCGCAAGCCCUCUCCCGCCAACUGAAAGUCCCCUACAUAGAAUGCAGCGCCAAAGCGCGCAUGAACGUGGACCAAGCCUUCCACGAGCUGGUGCGCCUCGUGCGCCGGUUCCAGGAGGCCGAGCGAGUCCACAUCAAGGCGGAACACGGCAGGAAGAGUAAGAAGUGCGCCAUUUUGUAACGUACGUGUGGACGGUGCUGUUAAGUCUGCGGAGUCGAGGUUGGGGAAUUGUUUUUUUUUUUUUUGUUGCGGCGUUUGAGUGUGUCUGACAAAACUUAGUUGAAAUUAAAAAGUGGCAACAUUGCAGUGUCAUCCGUUUCAAAAUGCAAGAGAACGAGACUACACUGCGAUAUACGACGUUGCCACUUUUUAGUUUUUACUUUUUGUCAAGUUGUUAUUAGAGUCUAUCAAACCAUUUCCGUCAGCAGAUUAAUCGGAUUAAAUAUUUUUAAAGCAGGCGCGAAGGGUUGUAGACUCAUAAAAAAAUGCGUUUUUUUUUCUCUACUGGCAAACUUGUUCGACAGACUUGUACUCUCCCUCUGUGUUUUAUACUGUCACGACAUACUCAAGACCUUGAGAGUUACUUUUUAGUUUUUUUGUACCAGUUGGCCGUAGGUAACUUCAUACAUAUCUUUUCGCAGACUCUGUGUACAUUUUUUAAAUCUACAGCAAUAUUGAGGCUGGAUAUUCGAAGAGAUGGUCUAUUCAUUUCAAAAUAUUUGUCAAAUAAUAUGAACUAAUUUGAGAUAACAACUUUUUUAAUUUUUAGAAACCAGUCUAACUUUGAAAAUAACGCUGAAAAGAGGUCAUUAUUAAUUUACCUAAUUAAUGGCAAAGCUAAGACUUAACAGUAGAUUAGGAAUAAAUAAAACAAGCUAGUUGUCAUUUUCCCUCAAAAAUCUUUGAGACCCUACCCCGAAAUACGAUAAUCAAAAUCUACAAUCUGGCAAAAAAGUAGAACUGGAACUAUUUUUUAUUUAUUUAUUAUAGCAACACUUACUGUUUUCAUUCAAAAGUGACUCAGUAGGUGCCACAUGCAAAACGACAUAGACAAUGGCGCCCCUAUUAAUUUCCACUUUUUUUGCGAGGUUGUAGAUUUCUGUUAAAACAUUUUACGUUUUCUGGGAAGACCCAGGAUUUAGGGUAUGACUGUACACUAUAUCUAGCUAAUCCGAGCUUGUAGCUCUAAUAAUUUGAACACCUAAAACAUAUUUUUAUAUCACAAUAUUUAAUAUUUAUUUUUUGUUCAGUGAGAUUCAUUUUUCUACUCUUUCUUUACAUUUUGUUUAAUCAUAGACUAAUAAAUAGGUCUAUCGUAAGGUAUUUAUUCUUUUUUUAGGUUGUUCUUAAGCUUUAUUACUGGAUAGUUAUAAUUUGUUGGUGGAUGCAUUUAUUGUUUCCAAUAUUAGGAGUAAAAAAAUAAUUUCAAUGCAUCUGUUUUUGUUGUUAUUUUUCAUCGUAUUUUGUUGGUGCUAUAAUUUAUUUUACUAGUGCCAUACUUUAAAUUUCUACUGAGAGAAAAGAACACCAAAUAUCGCUUUAACAUUAGGGCUUUAAUUUUAACAGUUCUUUUGCUAUAAUGUUAAUGUAUACGGCCAUUUGAAUACUUAAAUGUCAGUUGCUUCCUUAAUAUUCAAACAAUUAGGUAUACCACCGAAUAGGUGAAUUAUUAUUGAUGCAUAUGAUAUGGCGUAUACUUGUAGACAAUAUUAUAAAAUUAUAAGUCGACAUCCAGGUUACGCAAUCGACCAAUAGGUACAUAAUAUAUGAUUAAAUAAAGCUCGAGUCAAAAAUUUGUUUCUCAUGUGUAACAAAAGUUUCGUUACACUGAUAAGUGUUUACGCGUAGAAGAAAUUUUAAUCUAUUUACCAGUGGCGGCUGGUGAAAAUUUCUGCUAGGCAACACUGAGCAAAAAGAAACCUACCUUAACAUUAGAUACUUUAGUAGUAAUCAAUUUUAGGCAAGCCGGUGGGAAUUGGCUUGUAUGGACCAGCCGCUGCUGCUAUUUACACUUAAAAAUCGAAAAUAAGAUGUUAUAUAUGAAAAAAAAAUUCUUUAAUAUAUGAAAUCUUAUUUUCGAUUUUUCAUUUAUAUAUAUAUUAGUGUGACUACUUAGAAAAACACAAAUCAAAAUAUUUGUUAAAAUAAUUUAAUUUGUUCCCAUAGUUGCCUAUUUACAUUUCUUUCUUUUACAAAUAAUUUAAAUUUAUUUAUGGUCGUAUACAUCCAGCGUUAUAUGAAAAAGGUGCUAACAUAUUCAACUUAGCUUAGCAGUAUAUAUCCGUAUACUUUUUUGAGUCAUUUUGUCUACGGGAUAUGAUCCCAAUUAAUCGCUGAAAAGGGUAAAUUAGAAAAAAAGUUAUACUGUUUACACCAUCCGUGUAUGUAAAUAACUAUUCUCUCUGGCUUAAGGCACUAGUCCCACCGGAAGCUAGUAAGCGAUGUUAUCGCCGAUAGAAAUGCUUUUGCUGGGACCAGUGCCUACUGCCUGAAGUCGUAUUUAAUUCUAAGAAACACAGUAACAAAACUGUUACGUCUCCCGAACGUUUGGAAACCAAAUACUAAUGUUUAUGUAUUUUGUUAUUAACAGUUUUUCGGUAUUUUAAUAUUAGCUAGCUGUAGACUUGCAAUUUGACGUUCAACGGCUGAAAAUGACACUAAUUCUUUCAUCUAUUUUUGAUUUCAAUAGCAACUUUUUCAAAAUAUUUUAACUAUCUAAUAAUCUGUGUUCUGUGUCAACAGUCACAUACAACUAUCGCCAAAAGUUAUAGUUAUGUUACGUAAAUGUUCAUGCCAAGUUUAGACUUUCGGCAGGUGUGUGAUUUUUAACGUGGCUUGUUUUUUUUUUUUUUCAUUAUCAAAUGUACCUAGUUAUUUAAGAAAAGAAAGGAUCAGUGUAAUUUUUGAGCCAGCACAACAAUAAUUACGUGAUAGGAUGCACAUUUUGUAAAGAGAUAUACAAUACAUAUAUUUUUAUAACGUUGUAUUUAUUGGUUCGGGCUUUUGCUGCGCGGUUUGUGGUGCACAAGUUUUGAUACGGUUUUACAAUCAUUUUAACGUUUGUAAGUAGUUUUACAGUAACUUGGAUAUUGUAACUAAUGUAAGGACCUUGAGCACAAUCAAUUUCGUACUUUGAACUCCUAUAUUCGUGGAUAAUGCCGGCGAUCACUGCCACUGUGUGAGCGAGACAACAAUGUUGUUAUGUGCGUGCGAUAGAGAUAGAAAAUGGUGGGUCAAUGUACGACAUUCCUGGUGCUUAGCGUUUCUUUAGAAACUUGUAUAUAAUAUGUAUGUGUAAACAAUGUUAGGGAAUUAUAUGUUUGAUGUGGAAGGUCCCAAAAUAUUUAUUCUGUGGUAAAAUAUUAAGGAAAUCAGAAAAUCUAACCUAGUAAUUUGUCACUAAUUUUAUGAUUCCAUUGGGUAACGGAAAUUAAUCUUAUUGUUAAUAUUUUGUUACACAAUGGAAGCAUUAGUUCAUUAGUGAAAUAUAUUUUCACCAUACAUAAUUAGGCAGCAAAAAUAAAAUUAACUAUUUAACCAAGACGUGUGUGUAAAAAUGUCUAAUCUGUUUGAUGAUAUAGUAAAUAGGCGAGCUGAGACACUGCCAAGAAUGGUGCCGAUGUGCGGUUUUCUACAAGAGUUUAACAAAACACUAACUGUAGUGUAAAAAUCUAAUUUUUGAGAUAGCUUUUAUAAAAGUCAAUAUGUGAGUGUGCACGGGGAAACGUCCCACUUUGUCGAUUCCUAUAAAGCCGUUUUGUCAGUUUAUGCAUAUGGAGAUACAAGUAAAUCUCGCCUUAAUGGCAACCGACAAAGUGGGACGUUUUACUAAACACACUCACAUAUAUUUAAGUAUCAAAUGUGUAACAUUUUUUUAUUAUCAAUUAUUUAUAUUUUUACCUAAAAUUAGCUGGCAUUUUCUCAUUUUGGCAUCCCUUUUAUAAGAAAAUCAAAUCAUAUGGAUUGCCAGUGACACAUUGUUUGCUAUUUUCUUUGUUAUAUUUAUUAAUACAUUUAAUACGUAUCAAUAAUGCCUCUUAUUAUACCAGUAUUGUUUUAUGUUGUGAUUUACUCAAUACUAUUUAUUACGUUUACUUUAGUACAAGACACGUCGUUGUCAGUUCAUGUUCAAAUGCAAUUCUGAAUCAUUCGCAUAAUAAUUGUUAAUUUAUGUUUCUUACCAAACUGUUGUUAGGAUUAUCAAUGAGCAUUUCUUAAAAGGUGGAGUUACUGCAAUUAAAAAAUAAUGAUUUUUUUUGCAAUUCAAUUUUGUAAC